AUGGUGGGAAUCGGGACGUCGGAUGUGAAUCUGGACAAGUACCGCCACACCUUCUGCAGCCUGCUGGGCAAGGACGAGGACAGCUGGGGACUCUCCUACACUGGACUACUGCAUCACAAGGGAGACAAAACAAACUUCUCUUCGAGGUUUGGCCAAGGCUCCAUCAUCGGGGUGCACUUGGACACGUGGCACGGGACGCUCACGUUCUUCAAAAACCGCAAGUGCAUAGGGGUUGCAGCUACGAAGCUGCAGAACAAGAAGUUUUACCCCAUGGUGUGCUCGACGGCGGCCAAGAGCAGCAUGAAGGUGAUCCGCUCCUGUGCCAGCCGCACGUCCCUCCAGUAUCUCUGCUGUUACCGCCUGCGCCAGCUCCUGCCCGACUACGUGAACACGCUGGAGGUGCUGCCAUUGCCGCCGGGACUCAAGCAGGUGCUACGCAACAAACUGGGGUGGGUCUUGAGCAUGAACUAUAGCAUGUCGAAGCCUUCCUCCUCCUCCUCAUCAGGAAGCGACUCAGACAGCUCCUGUGGCUCAGACGCAGAGGCCUGCCAAAGGAAGAGGUGCAGGAGGACAUAACAUAUCUGCAGACGAACUGCUGUGAGGGAGUUGGGUGGGGUUUUGUUCUGCCAGCCGGGCCUGACGCACCUCUUUCUUCACGAGGACUUCCAUUUCUACUCAUUUGCAAAGAUUUCUCUUCUGCUGUUGGAAAUCUUUAGCCCAAACACCCAUCAAAUGCAGUGAAAACACUUCUCCAAGAGGUCCCAGCUCUGUGAAACGGGUAAACCGCAGCCAGUUAUCGGAGCUCCAUCUCCUGACUUGCUAUCAAAGCCAUCACCUCU